AUUUUAAUGCUUAUUGUUGGUACACGUGGUGAUGUUCAACCAUUUAUUGCACUUGCUAAAGCACUUCUUUCACAUGGUCAUCGAGUUCGUCUUGCAACACAUGAAGUUUUUCGAACAUUUGUUCGUGAAAAUGGUAUUGAAUUUUAUCCAUUAGCUGGUAAUCCAGCUGAUCUUAUGUCAUUUAUGGUUAAAAAUGCUGGUAUUGUACCAUCAGUUAGUAGUAUUGUAGCUGGUGAUAUUGCUAAAAGUCGUCGUGUUAUUGCUGAUAUUCUUGCAUCAACAUGGAAAGCAUGUAUAGAAGAUGAUGAUGAAACAGGUGUAUCAUUUAUUGCUGAAGCAAUUAUUGCGAAUCCACCAUCAUAUGGUCAUAUUCAUUGUGCACAAAAAUUACAAAUACCUUUACAUAUGAUAUUUACAAUGCCAUGGUCACCAACAGUUCAAUUUCCACAUCCUUUAUGUAAAAUAGAUUAUAAUCGAGCAUCUAUUGAAAAAAUCAAUUUCUUAUCGUAUCAUUUAGUUGAAGUCUUUACAUGGUCUGGUAUACGUAGUAUAAUUAAUGAAUUUCGUAAGGAUACUCUUGGUUUAUCAACGUUACAUAUUCGUCAAGCUGUUCGUUUAAUGUUAGAUGAACAUGUUCCACAUACAUAUUGUUGGUCACCUUCUCUUGUUCCUAAACCAGAUGAUUGGCCUGAACAUGUUGAUAUAUCUGGAUUUUUCUUUCUUGAUCUUGCAACAAAUUAUAAACCACCAGAAGAUCUCAUGCAGUUUCUUAAAUCAGGUGAUCCACCAAUUUAUAUUGGUUUUGGUUCAAUUACUGGUCAUGAUUCUGAACGAAUCUUACAAGUUGUACUUGAAGCUUUAAGAAUUACUGGAUAUCGAGCUUUAUUUUCUGGCUUUGAUGUAGAUGUUGAUAGUCUACCUGAUAAUAUUUUAAAAAUUGGCAAUUGUCCACAUGAUUGGCUUUUUCAACAUGUGACAGCUGUAUGUCAUCAUGGUGGUGCAGGUACAACUGCAGCUGGUCUUCGUGCUGGAAAACCUACUAUUAUAGUACCAUUUUUUGGUGAUCAAUUCUUUUGGGGAUCAGUAAUUAGUAAAAGUG